AUGGCUGGAGUGUGCUGCGAGAAGGGAUUCAGGGUGACAGUUGGGAGAUGGGGAGAAUAUCGGGAACAUGUGAAGGACAUUUCGAGCCUAUCAAAUGAUCUAUGUCGAAUUGUGAUUGUCGAUAACAAUCCUUUCAGUUUCCUAUUGCAACCACUAAAUGGAAUCCCAUGCAUUCCAUUUUCUGCUGGACAACCACAUGAUGAGCAGCUUUUGGAGGUUAUUCUUCCACUUAUCAAGCACCUUUCUGAGCAGAAGGAUGUGAGGACUGUGCUCUAUGACAGGUUCCACAUGCCUGAAUGGUUUCAAAAGCAUGGAAUUCCUGCUUCUGAAUGGACUUAAGUAGGGUAAAUUUGAAGGCAGUGAAAGUUCUUAUUAUUCUAGGAGACACCUAAAUGGCGGUUCUCCUUAUAAGGGCCAUAUCUCUUCGUUGGGAUCAGGAGUUUUGUAUAGUAUCGUCGUGUACACAGGAGCCAUUGAUGAUAUCUCAAGUUUCUUUCCUUAUUGCAAGGGUCUCUGGGGCCACAUUUCAGGAGGUGGCCAAAACUCCAAAAUUCUUCUGUAAAAUUGUUUAUAGCUCGGAAUCUCUUCAGAAGUUCAUGGUGCUAGAAGGGGUUUACUAAUUACAGAUCUAACUUUCUGUAUACUUGCACAAAGUAGUUACUCUUAAAACUUUAACUCCCAUUCCCAUGCUUCAAAGCAUAAACACUUUUCAGCUGAGCUGCCAACUUUAAACAGACUCGAUCCUGCAAUGUGGCUCUGAAAUUGGUCUGCCUGUCCCUAACAAUGGGAUGCAGCUAGUACACAUCCUAGUUUCAUGUCAGCAGUGGUUGAUUGUAAAGUAGGUGAUGCUACUGAUCAUAUUUGGUUCUCAG